AUGGGAUCCAUCAGUGAUUUUUCGUCGCGAGUCGAGUCUCGGCUCCAGGAGCUCGUGAGCAAAAGCCAGGUUCUGGACGUGAAGGUGGCCGAUGAGCGACGCCAGUUGUUCGACCUUGCCCAGAGCUUGUGCUCGGAGCUGGAGACCCCUAUGGAAUCAAUCUACCGUCUUAUUGUCAUCCAAGUAAGUUGUUGGACCCCUAGACUUGCAAUUCUUGCGCUAAGUUGCAAUCCAAGCCGAUUCUCUACAUAUGGCAGCACACCUAAAACGGUGAAGCAGCUCGCUGCAGCAGUUGGAGCGGAUGAGACUCUUCUAGGUCGUAUUCUUAAGAAUAUGGCAGCUAGUGACUUGAUCCAUGAAACCACGCCAGGCACUUAUGAGCAUACAUCAUUGUCGACUUCGUUGUUGAACCUCAGCCAUCGCGAUGGCUUCUUCUUCUGCCACGAUAUCAUGCUCCCGUCCUUCACAGCGACUCCCCAGUUCCUGGCUGAGACCAAGUACACCAACCCCUCCAACAUCACCAGCACCCCCUUCCAGCUUGGUCAUCACACCAAAUUGACUUUCUUCGAAUACCUCGCCAAGCAUCCCGAGCAGGCUCAGCAGUUUAACAACUUCAUGGGUCUAUAUGCGACGGAUCGGCCUCGCUGGCUGGAUGAGGGCCAUUUCCCCGUCCGUGAGAUUCUUGGCAAGGGAGCCAGCACUGAUGAAGACGCCGUUUUGCUGGUUGACGUUGGCGGUGGCAAGGGUCACGACUUGGUCCUAUUCCAGAAGCGGUACGGUGACCUGCCCGGGCGAAUGAUUCUGCAGGAUAUGCCUUCUGUGAUCGAGCAGGCUGGUCAGCUUUCUGAGGGGCUGGAGGCAACGGCUCAUGAUUUCUUCAAGGAGAACCCGAUUAAAGGCGCACGCGCAUACUACUUCCAUUCCGUCCUCCACGGCUGGCCGGACGCGGCAUGUGUCAACAUUCUCAAAGCAGUUGCGGCCUCAAUGAAGCGUGGGUACAGCAAAGUGCUCAUCAAUGAAAUUGUGAUUCCGGAUGAAAAGGCCCAUCGUCUGGGGACAUCGAUGGAUUUGCUCAUGAUGACAGUAGUGGCCGCUGAAGAGCGCACUGAGCACAAAUGGCGGUACUUGCUUCCCUUGGCUGGGUUGAAACUGGUGAAGAUCUGGAAGUUCGAGAUUGGUACUGAAAGUCUUAUUGAGGCUGAGUUGGCUGAUGAAGUCACUGUAGUCGUUGACGAGUAG